GCCGCCGUAGACUACGGACGACAGGACCAACGAAGUUAACGCCAUUUUCUAUGUUUGCGGGAGGACUUUAACGCGAGUUUCAUGCAAAUGUUUUAAAAUAACAAAAUUCUUAAAGUUUACAGUGGUGCUCGUGUGUUAUUAGUGUUAUGUUUGGAUACAAGUUCCGGCAAUUAUUGGAUAUGGUCACAAGAGAACGGUGAGUGGCUGAAAAGCAGGAGAGUGUUUUUUUUUUUUUUUUUUUUUUGAAAAAAUUGUGGCGAAAAAAAAAUGCCACUUCCAAAACGGUUGGUGGAACCCGUGCACGUUGCACGGGGCACCAUACCCGAGGAUUUUCCUCUGCCAUCGGAAUUAGAAGCGGCGACAAAUGGAACACUCGCCAAUACCAUAAGGCAAUUGUCAAGUUUAUCGAGGCACGCCGAGGACUUAUUUGGGGAACUAGCAAAGGAGGCACACAAUUUAAGUGACAGAGCCAAUUCCUUACAGGCAAGGAUAGACAGGCUCGCUGUCAAAGUCACUCAACUUGACAGUAAUGUCGAAGAAGUUUCGUUGCAAGAUAUUCAUAUGAGGAAGGCCUUUAAGAGUUCGGUGAUAUUUGAUCAGCAAGUCGUCUCAAGGGAUACAAUGCCCACUGCGAUGAGAGAAACUUAUCACCAAUGUGAUCCUCCGCCACCACUUGAUAAACUCAAUGUUUACAGGGACGAUGGAAAGGACGGAUUGAAGUUUUACACCGAUCCCAAUUAUUUCUUCGACCUCUGGAGUCAAGAAAUGCUCAAGGACACGGAAAAAAAAUUACAUGACAAAGGCAAAAAGACCGAGUCUGAAUAUGCCGAACCGUUCAGAGAGCCACACAAGACUCGGACAGAUGGAAGUGGCGGUGGCGGUGGAAGAUACAAAAAACGUGUUCGACAACCUCACAAUACAAGAGAAAGACAACGACGAUUGGCUGAGGGACAUGGUGAAUAUAUUAUGCCUGCUCAAGGUGUUCAAUAUCGAGCACCGCACAAUAUUCCAGAUGAAGCUCUACUUGGAAUGGUGAUGACGGAUCAAAGACCACCAAGGCCCAAUAGCAUUGAAUUAAGGCGAAGUUAUCCACCUGAGGAACAUCAACUUUACAGUCCACCUACCUCCGAACACUACAGAACGGGAAAUUAUGCAGUCCAAGGAUACGAUGACAGUUUGUAUGGUUCACAUUAUGGUCCUGGACAAGGACAACCAGGUAGUGAAACGUAUCAAAGCCCAAGUGGUCCAGGUACGCCGAGCAGAGGAGGUCGCAAUAGACCCUCGCAACCUCCUCCAGCUCCCCCUAGCAAUGCAUCCAGUAAUUCUACUCCUACCAUAGCUUCUGCAAACAACACCCCAACGAGAGGACGAUCGACGAGUACCGGAAGGGAUACACUACCACCUCCACCACCGCCUCCUGGUGAAACGAUGUCCCCACCUUCAAUGAAUGGUUCGAUACCAUCGCAUUUAUUAAAUAGAAAUGGAAGUCGAUCAAAUAGUCCAUUGCCGACACAUCAAACGAUAUCGACACCACCGAAUCAUUUACAACAAAUGGGUAUUGAUGAACCUGAUCCAGCACCUCAGGAUUUGCCGCCACCACCUCCGACUCCUGAUCCAACGCCUGUUAGGGCAAAUUCACCUCCGUGUAAUAUUCCCCCACCACCGCCACCACCACCGCCAUUACCAAUUUCAAAUGGUCCAUCGCCACCAAUGCCAUUGACGAAUGGCGAUAUUGCCAAAAUGAUUGCCAAUAAUCCACCGAAAUUACGACCAUUGAAAAAUAUUAUUGACGGCGAAAUAAGAAAACCGAAUCCAAACAUUCCUUUGGUUGAUCCACGAAAUGAUCUUCUUAAGGCAAUUCGAGACGGAAUAAAAUUACGCAAAGUGGAAAAAAUUGAGCAAAAAGAAGUUGAACGUGUAAAUGCAUUAAACGAUGUAGCAUCGAUAUUGGCACGUCGAGUGGCUGUUGAGUUUAGUGAUAGCGACACAGCAUCAGAGAGCGAGUGUGAUAGCGAAGGUUGGGGCGAGCAAGACACAAGUGUGGCGUGACCAACAUCGCUACCAGCAACAAUGACUACAAUCAUCUAGAAGAAUGAUUAGUUUGUUAGUCGGAGUUUUCUUUGUUUCUUCACAUCUUCCCUCUCUCCCCCGUAAGUUUAUUUAUUUUUAUUUUUUUUUUAUUUACCUUUUUUUCAAUUUGUCAUUAUUAAAUUGAUCAAAUUAUUUUUUUUUCUCUCUCUCUCGUGUGAAUCGUUGACUAACGUGUGUGUACCAAAGUUUAGCAAAAAAAAAAAAUUAAUUAUCAAAUUUUUUUUUAAUAUCUGUAUCUAGUUAUACAUAUCACACACGUAAGAAAAACUACUCGCUCGAGACGAGAAUAAUAAAUAUAAAAUAUAAGUUUUCAAUAUUUUCGAAUAAAAUAGCGAGAAAUUCGUUUUUAUGUCUGAUUUUUAAUUUUUUUUCUGUCUACAAGACAAAAUAGUAGCAGAGAAAAGAGAGGAAUUUUUUUUCGAAUUUUAGAGAAUAAAUGAAAAUAGACUUUUGAACAAAUUUUUUUUUUUAAAUAUAAAAAUUUAUAUUUUGGAAAAUUUGUUCAAGAAUUUUUUUUAUUUUCGAAAAUAUAUAUAAAAAAAAAAACAAUUCCUUUCAUUGAAAAAAUUUCCUGAAUAGUUUUUUUUUCAUAUUUUGAUUAGGGUUCGGUUUUUAAUAAUUCAUUUCUUUUUGUAAAUUUAUGUACAUUAUUUUAAUUAAAAAAAAAAAAAGAUUAUGAAUCACAGAAAAGUCAAAAUAAUUUUAUCUCUUACAUCGCGGGAGACUUUAGUCGCUUUAAUAAGAAAUUUUAUAUUUCAAGUAGAAGUGUCUAUCAUAGAAAAAGCUCAUAAAUUAUUAUUAUAUUAUUAUUUUUUAUAUAUUAUUAUUAUUAUUAUUAUUAUUAUUAUUAAUAUUUUAAUAUUAUAAUUAUUAUUGAAUGCAGUCAAAUUUAGAUCAGAUAUAAAUGUUGUAAAAUAAUUUUUAAAUUAAAGUUAAUUAAAUUUUGAAAAAAAAAAAUAAAAAUUGACACGCACACAAGAGCAGCAUUUCGCUUUUUUUGAAAAAUAUCGUUCAGUGUUUAUCGUUAAGAAUUUUAAACGAGAAAAAAAAGGGACAUAAAAAUUAUACCUUUUUUGGUAUACAUUCCGCAUUAAUAGAGUCGCUGAAUUAUCGCCGUUUAUCCAUUUUGAUAAUUAGAAUCAUAUCUAUAAUCGUGAAUAAAUAAAUGGAAAAAAAAAUGCUUUACACAUUAAUCGUGCGUGUAAAUCUUGUGUAUAAGCUAUUCUCGAUUUUUGACAAUUAUAUAAAAAAGUAACUAAAAAAAAAAUUAGUAAUACACCUUUUUACAUACUUUGUGCGUGUGUGUGUGUAUGUAUAUGAAAAAAAAACGAAGUAAUUGGUACGUAUCGGAAAGUAUAUUAUGUAUGUACCUAAUUAGGAAAAAAAAAACAGAAAAGUUUAUAUUUCUGUUUAAAAAGUAAAAAUUUGUUUUGCUUUUUUUAUUUGAGAAAAGAAAAAAGUCGAAAACCAAAAUACUCCACUUAUAAAUAUAAGUUAUAAACGAUGAUGUAAUUAUACGGUUUUCGUAAGAGUAUUUUUUAACGAAAACCGAAAUUAUAGUUAAAAAAAAAAAAAAAAAAAUUACUGUUAUCGAGACCGAUUUUCUGAAAAACAGAAAAAAAAUAUAAUUGUGAUUUAUUUUACAUCGAUGUUGAUGGAGUACGGUGACAAUGAAUAUAAUAAUAUAAAAAUAAUAAAUUUAAAUAAAUGAAAAACAAAAAAAAUAUAUAUAUAUAUUAUAUAUAUAUAUAUUAUAUAAUUAUAAUGUAUACUGAUCGUUAAGAUUUGCGCAUAAUCUUAUGUGUUCGAUUAAAAAAUAUAUAUAUAUUAUAUAUCUCAAUUAGGUAUCAGAAAAAAAAAAAAUUAAUCAUUCUCAGCACUUGAAAAAUGAUUUUACAAAAAAUUUCUAGGUAUUUAAAAAUUAAAAUUUCUCGAAUUUGUGAAAAAAUUUUUCACGAGCAAGAAAAAAUAAAAUUGAAUCUCAAUUUUAGAAGUUUUGCUUUUAUUUGCAAUGCUUCUUGUGUAUUUGUCUUUUUCGAGUGUUAAAAAAUAAAAAUAACUUUUUUAUACAAAGAAAAUGUGUAAAUGUAAAAAAUUAUUUUUGUGAAGUUUUGAAAAAAAACAAAGAUUUGACAAUUUCACGAAAAAAAUUUUGAUUAAUUUUGAUUUGUAAUCAAGAAAUAAAUAAUUCGAAGGUUGCAUUUUUCAUUGAGUCGAUUUACCUGCAGACAAUCUCGGCCUAGAGGAAAUUAAAAAAAAAAAAUUAUUACUCUUAUUAAAUUAAUUAAAAAAAGAAAUUAACUUAAUUUAACAAAAUAUUAAAAUAAAGGUGUAAAAAUAAAUAAAUAAAACAAUCGGUUAUAAGAAAAAAGUUGUAAGAAAUAUUGAACAAUUAAAGAAAUAAAAAUUUUAAUUAAAAUAUAAUUUAUUUGUUCUGUUGAUAAGUUUGGAUAUUUAAAAUAAGUAUUUUUCAAGAAAUGCCAAAGAUUUCGACAGAUACAAUUAUUAUUUUCAAAAAAAUACAAAAAUUGAAAAAUACGUUAGUUAUUUACAAUGAAUUUAUUAAUUUAAAGUUAAAUUAAAAUGAAUUUUAUAUUAAAAAGAAAUUAAUUUGAAAUUAAAUUAAAAUUAAUUUUACAUUAAAUGAAAUUUAAUUUGAAAUAUUAAUAUUGGAUUUACUUUCUAAAAAGUUUCGAAAUUAAAUUUUUUUGAUAGAAAAUAUUAGGAAUUUAAGUUUAAUUUUAAAUAUUCUCUAAACCGAGUUUGUUUGCAAAAAAAAUUGGCCCAAUUUUGCAUUUACUCAUUCUUGCUGGACGAAACUAUAAAUCGAGAAAUAUAAAAAAAAAUAAUAUAGUUUGUGUAACGAGACGUGUACAUUUUUUUUUUUUUUAUUAAUUUUCAGUUUUAGGCGAUCGCUAUUAUUGAUAAUAAUAAAAUAUUGUAAAACAAUAAUCGACGACACACACAUUUUUCUGUACUAUGUUUAUAUAUAAAUAAUUGAAUAUAUACAGAGAUUAUAAUUAAACACGGGACUUGUCGGUAGUGAUAAGUAUUUUGUUUAAUUACUUUGUAUAUAAAAAAAAUAUAUAUAUAUAUAUAUAGAAUAAGUAAGCUACAUUUAUAAUAAUAAUAAGGACUUUAGGAAUAAUUCUCAGCUAUUUCGCCAACUACUACGCAGUAUUUAUCGGGGACUCUGUAAUAUACAGAUUAGAUGAAAAAAAAAACAAACUAUGUGCUACCGAUUCAAUCUCUUUUUUGAGACAUACAAUAUAUAUAUAUAUAUAUAUAUACAUGUACAUUUUUUCAAAUUUAAAAUGGUCUAACUUCCAUUCUUGCAUUUAAAUUAUAUAUUCACAUUCUUUAAAAAUAUCUAAAAUACUAAAAAAAAAGAAUUCACAUAAAAUUUUUUGAAAAUAGACAUUUUUGAAUCUCUUGCUUUCUUUUGUUGAAAAAAAAAAAAUUGUGGAGAAUUUUUUAUUCCACAGUUCAUAUUAUUACCAAAAAAUAUUUUAAAAUGAACAUGAUUUUUUUAAAACUAUUUUCUAAAAUUUUUCCUAAUAUAAAUAAUUUUUUUUCCUUAUUAUAAUUGAUUGUUUUUUUUUCAAAAUUAAUUUUCUUAGUUAUUAAAAAUUUUAUUAGUCAUUGUUACAACCUUUUUUUUUUUUUUUUUUUUGACUGUAAAUAUUUUCCCAAUUUAUAUUUUGUGAGAUUUUUUUUUCCAUUCAUAAUAUUCGAAUUAAUUGGUUCAAAUGUUUAUCGAAUUAAUUUAUUAUCACUAUUAUUAUGUUAAAUUGUUGAAUUGUCUACGAAUUAGUUUAAACUAAUAAUUACACAAUAUUUCAAGUAAAAUAAUAGUUUAAAAAAAAAAAAAAAAUGAAAUGAAAAAAUUGUUAUACAUAAAAUGUUAAUUUUUAUUUUAUUACUUGUAUAAAUUAUUGUCAAGCCAAGCAAAUAAUUUAUUAUAAUAAUUUUUAGUAAAUUAUUAUUUAUUAGAAAUCCGGUAAUUAUUAGUAAAAAAAAAAAAUUGAAUUUUUAAUAUCGGAGUUAUCGUAAAUUCCAAAGUUAUUCUAUUUAGGUAAUAAAUGAAUAAUAAUGAUAAAAAUAAUAAAAAUAACAAAAAAAAAAGAAAAAAAAAUAAUAAUAAUAGUAAUAAUAAUGAAAUAAUAAUAAUAGUAAUAAUAAUAACAAUAAUAAUAAAAUAAUAGUAAAAUAUAAAUAAAAUAAUAAUAAAAUAAAAAAAAGUUAUUUGUAUCGAUUUGAAUUUUGGAAAAAAUAAAAUUUUUAUUAAUAUUGAAAACCCUGUGGCAAUUCAACAGUUUUUAUGUAAAUUAAAAGAGAGAAUCAAUUAAUUAUGAAUUAUAAUUAUUUCAAGAUUUUGCAAUUAUUAAAAAAUAAUUUUUUUAGAAUUUAUUUUAUUUUAUUUUUUUUUUUACAAAAUCGAAUUUAUAUACUUGAAAGUGAAGACCUUUUAUAAUAAAUAAAUAAAUAUAUAUAUAAACACAGUCAUUUUCCGCCAGUUGCCUAUAGCUUUUACUGUAUAUUAAAAAAAAAAGAAUUUUUUCUCCAAUUUUGAUUUUUUGCUACUUAAAUUAAAAAUUAUAUAUUACACUACCCUUUACGCCUAUAUUUGAAAGUGUUUUUUCACAUUUUGCGGUGGCUAAAAAUUUUUGCAAAAUAAUUAUUAUCGAUAAUAAAUGUAAAUCAAUAAAUAGAAAAUAAAAAAAUACGGCAUUUUUGAAUUAAAAAAAAAGAAGAAGAAGAAGAAGAAGAAAAUGAAGAAAAUGAACGCAUGUCCAUGUAUAUGCAACUGGAUGAGAUUUAUAUGUAAUUUUACGAUACAUGUCUCCGGUACACGUAUUUAUAAUAGACAAACUGACUCAAUAUACAUUGAUCGUUACUAUAAAAAAACACUGUAAUUGUAUUAUUAUUAUAAUAUUAUUAUUAUUACAUUUGUAGUAAAAAAAAAUUGUACAGGCCAAAUAAAUCAAAAAAGUUUCGUAAAUCGA